UUUCAGAUGAGUGCAUUAGAUCUGGGAGAAAUUGAUUUCUCCUAUGAUGAUUCUGACACUUAUCCAAAUGAGAUUGCUGAGCUGUACAGCUAUACUGAAGGGCCUGAAUUUCAGCAAAAUUUGAAGGCCUUCCAUGAGUUGAUGGGUGAAUAUGGGACUCAAAGACAGUGGCACAGUCUGGAUGAAAAGAAGCAGAAGGGAGUGGUGCUUCGGCUUCUUGACCAGAUUGAGUUGACAAGGAAGGAGGCUCGCCUCAAGGGCAUUCGAGCCAUCCUCUACAUCACUCAGGGUGCAUGGGGGGAAGUCCAGAGUGAUGAGGAGCAGAUGUCUUCCACACGCAAGAAUGUCCUCAUCAUGUACCAUCUGGGAGUCUUUGAUGCCUGUGUUGAACAGCUCAAGUUGGAAAUAGAGAACAGCAAUGCAGCUGCUGCAGGUGUGAGAAAGCCAGCUGUGAGUUUGGCUGAUUCUCUUGAGACACGACUUGUGUUGAGCAUCUUGUACACAUUUGUGGAAACCAUGCGUCGCUCCCGGCCUGAUGAUACAGAUGAUGUCAAGAAAGCUCGUGAAGAAUUCCGGGCCGAUGUUGGAGGCUCAGGUGGAGAGGAACCAUUUGCUGUCAUUCUUCUCUCAGUAGUUACCAAGUUCUGCAGUGGAUCUGCUCCUCACUUUCCCAUGCGAAAAGUUCUUCUUCUCCUGUGGAAAGUCAUCCUCUUUUCUCUUGGUGGCAUGAAAGAUCUCGCACGAAUCAAAAAUGAAGCCCGAGAAGCAGCCGGACUCCAGCCCAUCACAGAGGACACGCUCGAUGUGACGAGGAACAUGAGGCCGGCAUCCCCUCCUGCAUCAUCAACAGACAUUGGAGAGACACCAGGACUGAUUGGCGCCCAGAGGCCAUCGAGGCGGGUAGGCCUCCUGCAAAUGGGUCUAAUGAAGCAGAGCAGUUUGGAUGAGACCACUGUGAAUGGAAACCUGGAUGGAGAUUCAGAAAUUUCUCCUGGUUAUGAAGAAGACAUACAGGAGAUAGAGGAAAGGAGAGCAAUGGAAGAGAGAGGAGAACUCCCACAACCCCCUUCUCCAAGACCUUCAACCCCUACCCCCCCACGAGGGAAAGCACUUCCUUGGAUACCAAAGGUGAGACCAAAGGACAUCAAUAUUUUCCUGGAAACAGCACGGAUGAAGUUCUUUGGGUAUCGUCUGAAAGAUGACCGAGUGUCACUCAUCGGUCUCCCUCUGCCUCUUCAUGAGGGAGUCAGUGUUCUAAAACAGCAUGUGUAUGUAAGCCUGGCUGAGAAGCAGAUGGAAAGGGAAGAAUGCAUCAAUGACAAUCCUGUUUCGUGUGCAGAGGAGGACAUCCCUCAGAUCCCAAGUGAAAUCCUCUAUCAGGCCAUGUUGCCUUCCUUACCACAGUCAAUGAUAGCAUUGCUGAAGAUCCUCCUGGCUGCUUCCCCAACAUCAAAGACGAAGACUGAAUCCAUCAACAUCAUGGCAGAUGUUUUACCUGAAGAAAUGCCCAUUGCAAUUUUGGACUUCCCAUCUUGCGUCUUGGGAUUGGGCACGGGAGCGGGAGAUUUGACUGAGGAGAGUUUGAACAUAGGAGAAACGGGAAGCAUUUGCUGGCGAAACAUGUUCUCAUGUGUCAAUCUCCUCAGGGUUCUCAACAAACUCACAAAGUGGAAACAUUCCCGCAUCAUGAUGCUUGUGGUAUUCAAGUCAGCACCCAUACUGAAGAGAGCUUUAAAGGUUCGACAUGCAUUACUGCAGCUCUAUGCCCUCAAGCUUCUGAAGAUGCAGACCAAAUAUCUUGGAAGACAAUGGAGAAAAUCCAACAUGAAGACAUUGAGUGCCAUCUAUCAGAAAGUUCGACAUAGACUCAAUGACGAUUGGGCAUAUGGGAAUGAUUUGGAUGCUCGCCCUUGGGACUUCCAAGCUGAAGAAUGUUCCCUGCGUGCCAAUGUUGAUCGUUUCAACAGUCGCAGAUAUGGCAACAGAGGAGGGACUGAAGGAGGAGAGUUUGAACCAAUGGACAAUUGGGUUAUCAGUGCCCUUGGGAAACACAUUGAGCUCACUGAUGAAUUCAAGCAGCAUUAUGAGAUCUGGUUACAACAGGAAGUCUUCACCAAUUCCAUCGACUGGGAUCAGCUUGUCGACCAAAGACUGUUAUGGUGAAGAAGGGCAUUUUCUCUUGCAUUAAUAUGCAUAUCUCGGUGGUUCUUUUUUUCCCCCCCUAUUUUAUGAUAAGAAUAAAGUGGACAUUGCAUGUG